AUGAGCCCUUUGCGCAAUAUCAUCGAACCUGGUGCAAUUGUAGCUACCUUCACGGCAGGGACUAUCAUCAACAGGCGCAGUAAUGUCCGAAUACGGGAAACACCAUCGGUCGAGGAUCCAUUGCUGGGUGACAGCCAGCAGACACCAAAGCCAGCAAACCAGGACCUUUACUUUCGCUCUCCUGGCCCCCGUCGCACACUCCAAUCCCGAAUCCUGGCACAUUUUCCUUUUUUACUAGAGAUAUGGUACUGGGUGCUCACGUACUGGAUCUAUCAAGGUCUGCGAGCAUUCUCUGCCCGACAGAUUGCUGGCCACAAACCAAUCUUUGACACCGCCGAGUGCCAUGCCCAUCAGAUACUCGUCCUUGAACGCUUCCUCCACGUCGAUAUCGAACUGUCGGUGCAGAGGUUUGUCCUAGAGAAAAUCCCAUGGCUGAUGCCCGUCCUAGCAAAGAUAUACUACUCGCAUAUUGUCCUCGGCAUCAUGUUCCUGGUGUACUGCUAUACGUUCAUCCCACGGGACAAAUACCAAGGAAUCCGACGCGCACUUGCAUUAGAAAACGUGAUUGCAUUUUGUAUCCUCACCGUUUGGAGAUGUAUGCCUCCUCGUCUACUUCCUGAGGAGGACGGUUUCAUCGAUGUCUUGCACAGGGACAGAAGCGGUUCCGCAUGGACUCAGAAUAAAUUCCAGUUGACGAUCGCAGCGAUGCCUUCUAUGCAUUUCGGAAACUCAUUCUUCAUCGCGUUUUGCUUGCUGAACUUCAGCCCUCACUCGUACCUUCGCGCUGUUGCGCCGCUGUGGCCAGUGAUGAUGGGGUAUACGAUUUUUGCAACAGCAAAUCACUUUCUCCUGGAUGCUUGCGUCGGUGCCUGUGUGGCGAUGACUGCGUACCGGUUCAAUCGUGUUAUGCUGGGUCUGUUGCCGGUGGAAAGGUCUCUGUUUCAGCUGCUUCGGGUUGAGAGGCCGGAGUAG